UUCAACACAUUUUCGUGCACUGAAUGCCUAUUGAAGUUAUUACAGGUAUACUGUUAUUUUUCUGGAAAAUUUAAUUAAUUUUUAGGUUGGUAGACAAGAAAAUGCAAUUGGAUGGUAUCAUAGUCACCCAGGCUAUGGAUGCUGGCUCUCAGGAAUUGAUGUAAGCACCCAAAUGUUAAACCAGAACUUUCAAGAACCCUUUGUAGCAAUUGUUAUUGAUCCCGUUCGAACCAUAUCUGCUGGAAAAGUAUGUCUGGGAGCUUUUAGAACUUAUCCAAAGGGAUACAAACCAGCAAAUGAGGAACCAUCUGAAUAUCAAACUAUUCCAUUAAAUAAAAUUGAAGAUUUUGGAGUACAUUGCAAACAGUAUUAUUCUCUAGAUGUUUCUUAUUUUAAAUCAGCAUUAGAUAGAAGAUUAUUAGAUUCUCUUUGGAAUAAAUAUUGGGUGAAUACCUUAAGUUCUUCAAGCUUGCUGACUAAUGCAGAUUACACCACUGGUCAGAUAUUUGAUUUAUCAGAAAAGUUGGAGCAGUCUGAAGUUGCUUUUGGUCGUAGUUUCAUGGUUGGUGGAACUGAUCCAUAUGAAAAGCGCACUGAAGAUAAAUUAUCAAAGGCAACAAAGGACAGUUGUAAAACAACGAUAGAAAUUAUUCAUGGCCUUAUGGCCCAAAUGAUUAAAGAUAGGCUUUUCAAUAGUGUAUCUCCAAAACCAUAGACUUAUGCACUAUUUUUUUUGUACAACAUUUGGAAAUGUUUGUUUAUUGCUUUUCCUCUCUAAUUUCAUUUCUUGAGAAAAAAAAGAUUAAUUUAAUCCCGAGUUGUGUAAUGAAUGAAAUAAAAUUUGAAUUUAAUAAAAAACUGGUUUCCUCUUUUAUACAAUUGUAAUAUUGACUUAAGCUCAUGCGACUUACUAACCCCUUUAAUUGUCGAGGAUCGCAACAACUUAAUUAAAUUGUAAGCCGUAUUUUUACAAAAACAAUUCCACG